CCCCUCCUCCUCCCUCUUUUUUCUCCUCCUCCUCCUCCCCUUUCUCUCCUCCUCGCCCCCCUGAAAACCUGUGGCUCGGAGAGACCUUGGCUUCUCUGGGACUCUACCCCUGGGGACUUCCCACAUCUGCUCCUGAGCUUGGGGGCAGGGGGGCAACUGCCUGAGGAACCUCUCCAGCGAUGGGAGCCGCCCGCCUGCUGCCCAACCUCACUCUGUGCUUACAGCUGCUGAUUCUCUGCUGUCAAACUCAGUACGUGAGGGACCAGGGCGCCAUGACCGACCAGCUGAGCAGGCGGCAGAUCCGCGAGUACCAGCUCUACAGCCGGACCAGUGGCAAGCACGUGCAGGUCACCGGGCGUCGCAUCUCCGCCACUGCUGAGGACGGCAACAAGUUUGCCAAGCUCAUAGUGGAGACGGACACAUUUGGCAGCCGGGUUCGCAUCAAAGGGGCUGAGAGCGAGAAGUACAUCUGUAUGAACAAGAGGGGCAAGCUCAUCGGGAAGCCCAGCGGGAAGAGCAAAGACUGCGUGUUCACGGAGAUCGUGCUGGAGAACAACUACACGGCCUUCCAGAACGCCCGGCACGAGGGCUGGUUCAUGGCCUUCACGAGGCAGGGGCGGCCCCGCCAGGCUUCCCGCAGCCGCCAGAACCAGCGCGAGGCCCACUUCAUCAAGCGCCUCUACCAGGGCCAGCUGCCCUUCCCUAACCACGCCGAGAAGCAGAAGCAGUUCGAGUUUGUGGGCUCCGCCCCCACCCGCCGGACCAAGCGCACGCGGCGGCCCCAGCCCCUCACGUAGUCUGGGAGGCAGGGGGCAGCAGCCCCUGGGCGCCUCCCCACCCCCUUCCCUUCUUAAUCCAAGGACUGGGCUGGGGUGGCUGGAGGGGAGCCAGAUCCCCCAGGGAGGACCCUGAGGGCCGCCAAACAUCCCAACCCCUAGCUGGGAAGGGGCAGGCCAGUGCCCCAGGGGCGGCUGGUACAGUGCACCCUUCCCGGACAGGUGGCAGGCCCUGGAGAGGAACUGAGUGUCACCCUGAUCUCAGGCCGCCAGCCUCUGCCGGCCUCCCAGCCGGGCUCCUGAAGCCCGCUGAAAGGUCAGCGACUGAAGGCCUUGCAGACAACUUGUCUGGAGGUGGCUGUCCUCAAAAUCUGCUCCCCGGAUCUCCCUCAGUCUGCCCCCAGCCCCCAAACUCCUCCUGGCCAGACUGUAGGAAGGGACUUUUGUGUGUUUGUUUGUUUCAGGAAAACAGAAAGAGGGAGAGAGAGAGAGGAAAAUAGAGGGUUGGCCACUCCUCACAUUCCACGACCCAGGCCUGCACCCCACCCCCAACUCCCAGCCCCGGAAUAAAACCAUUUUCCUGCAAA